AUGGCUGACAAAGAAAACGGGCGGGUCGCUUUCAAGGACCUGAGUAGAGCUACAGCUACCGAUAUCGUGUCGACGACUGAGCGCGAUCCCAACCAUGAACUUCAUUUUGUUAGGCGUGGCGAAGCUCUUGCGGAAGCCUCAUCGAGCCAAGAAAGUAUUGAUGGAUACGAUCCAGACCUCAUGAGUGGCAGGACUCUCCUGACAGCAGAAGAGGAGAAGAAGCUGUUGCGCAAGAUUGACUGGAGAUUAAUGACGCUUUGUUCACUUAUCUUCAUGUUCAAAAAUUUGGACAGCAACAAUUCAUCGAAUGCUCGAAUCAUGAACAAAGGAACAGAUCAGAAUAUUAUGACGCAACUGGGAAUUACAUCCAACGAGUACAACCUCGUGACGGUCCUUUACUAUAUUCCAUACAUUGUAUUGGAGGCGCCCUCAAAUCUUUUGCUGAAAAGGUUUUCACCAUCCAAAUGGCAGUCCAGGAUUAUGAUUACUUGGGGCGCUGUUCUGAUGUGCAAUGCUGCUGUCAAAAAUAAAGGUGGUUUGUAUGCAACACGGUUCUUGCUCGGUGUGGCAGAGGCUGGACAAUUCCCUGGUGUAAUCCUCCAGAUGACUUACUGGUACCGGCCAGAUGAGAUGUCUUUGCGACUGCUUUAUUUCUAUAUGUGUGGAAACGUCUCCGGCAUAUUUGGUGGCCUUCUUGCCUUUGCGUUCGACACUGUAUCUGGUGCUGGAGGUCUUUCGGGAUGGCAAUGGCUGUUCCUCACCGAAGGUAUUGCAACUGUCAUCUUUGGAGUAGCUAUCUGGUUCCUGCUACCUGAUUUCCCCGAGACAGCGAAAUGGUUGACCGAGAGAGAGAAAAGGUUUAUCCAGGCACGACUGCCAUCCAACGCCCCUCGGGCCAACGAGAAAAACUUCCAGAUGCGUGAAGUCAUUGCAUCGCUGAAAGACGUGCGACUCUGGCUGUUUACCUUCAUUUGGGCCACCUUUACCGUGGGCACCAACGGCGUGACUUUCUAUCAGUCCACAGUCAUUGCAAACCUUGGGUUCACGAGCAUUGCUGCGGCCCAACUUCUCAAUAUCCCCAUCACAGUUUGCGGUCUUCUGUUCAUUGCCGCUACUGGUAUCACAGCAGAUCGUAGCCGGAUACCACGACCGCUCUAUCCACUCUCUUUCCUGAUCAUUAUCAUUACCUGCUAUGGCGUAUUCGUGGCCUACCCGAGCAACGGUGCAGUGUAUGCCGUAACUCUAAUCGGAAACGCCUUGACUGCUGGGUGGUAUCCUGUCAUGUGGCCAUGGCGAGUACAGACAACCUCUAGAGCUACCGGCUCCGCAUUCUCUAUUGGCUUUGUCAACAGUUACGGUCAAAUUGGGGGUGCCAUCGGCCCGCAGCUUUUUAGAAGCCAAUACGCACCACACUAUACUGUCCCCUUUUCCGUGGCCAUGGGUCUUGUAGGUCUUUGCGCGAUCUUGACGUUGAUAACAUGGUGGGUGACGUGGGAUACGGAACGUGAUACAAGGCGACUGAAGCUGGCUAAGAUUGCUGCACAGAAGAGGGGCGAGACAAUUUUGGAAGAUGUUGUGGACAAUGACUUGAAAGGUCAUUAG